CAUUCCUUAUUUUAGAGUGACGUAAUUUGCUAGAAUACAUUUCAUUGGUCGACUACAGAGCCCCCUUUCUGUGACCGACAGGAGAGAGAUGGCGUCGUCCAAGGUGAAAGCUUCACAACAGCCUCGGGCUGAUAGCUACCGAGUAGCUAUUACACCAGGUGGCGAAGAUGUCAAGAAAAGCAAGAAGAAGAAGAAGAAGGAGAACUUGGACGAGCUCAAACAGGAGCUGGAAAUGGACGAGCACAAGAUCCCCAUUGAAGAGCUGUACGAAAGGCUUGGCACAGAUCCAACCAAUGGUUUGAGCAUUGAGCGAGCUGCUCAGAUUCUGGCCAGAGAUGGUCCCAAUGAGCUGACACCACCUCCUACUACUCCCGAAUGGGUGAAGUUCUGUAAACAGUUGUUCGGCGGUUUCUCUAUGCUUCUGUGGAUUGGAGCUAUCCUCUGUUUCAUCGCCUAUUCCAUCCAAGCGAGUCAGUACGACGACCCACCAGGCGAUAACUUGUACCUUGGAAUUGUGUUGACCGGUGUUGUGGUUGUUACUGGAUGUUUCUCAUACUACCAAGAAGCCAAGAGUUCCAAGAUUAUGGAUUCCUUUAAGAGCAUGGUCCCUCAGUUUGCCCUUGUGACACGAGGUGGAACUAAAGUAGACAUGAAAGCUGAAAACCUCGUAGUUGGUGAUAUUCUUGAUGUGAAAUUUGGAGAUCGAGUCCCAGCAGAUAUUCGUCUUAUCACAGCCCAGGGCUUCAAGGUGGAUAACUCUUCCCUGACUGGAGAAUCUGAACCAUGUUCUCGUUCAUCUGACUUCACUAAUGAAAAUCCUCUGGAAACAAGGAAUUUGGCUUUCUUCUCCACAAACGCUGUUGAAGGUACAUGUCGUGGAGUGGUUGUGAAGACUGGAGAUAAGACUGUGAUGGGACGUAUUGCCAACCUUGCGUCAGGUCUCGAGGUCGGAGAGACUCCCAUUGCUAAGGAGAUUGCCCAUUUCAUCCAUCUCAUUACCGGAGUGGCUGUGUUCCUUGGAGUUUCAUUCUUCAUCAUUGCUUUCAUCCUUGGAUACUUCUGGCUUGAUGCUGUCAUCUUCUUGAUUGGUAUCAUCGUUGCUAACGUACCAGAAGGUCUGCUGGCUACUGUCACUGUAUGUCUGACCCUGACCGCCAAACGUAUGGCUUCCAAGAACUGUCUUGUGAAGAACUUGGAGGCUGUCGAGACCCUGGGAUCCACCUCAACAAUCUGCUCCGACAAGACUGGAACUCUGACCCAGAACAGAAUGACCGUGGCCCACAUGUGGUUUGAUGGACACAUCGUAGAGGCGGAUACUAGUGAUGACCAGUCUAAUGCGACAUAUGGCUCUGGAGAUGACACCUGGAUGUCCCUAGCACGUGUAUCUAUGUUGUGUAACAGGGCCGAGUUUAAAUCUGGCCAAGAAAAUGUUCCUGUACUGAAGAGAGAAUGUAACGGUGAUGCUUCCGAGUCUGCCCUGCUCAAAUGUGUGGAACUGUCUAUUGGGGAUGUUACUGGCUUCCGUCAUAGAAACAAGAAGAUUUGUGAAAUUCCCUUCAACUCCUCCAACAAAUACCAGGUAUCUGUCCACGAGACCGAGCUCCCUGACGAUCCCCGCUACCUUCUGGUCAUGAAGGGAGCUCCAGAGAGGAUUCUUGACCGAUGUUCAACUGUCUUCUUUAACGGCAAAGAAAUUGCAUUGGAUGAUAACUUCAGGACCGCCUUCAACGCCGCCUACAUGGAGCUGGGAGGUCUGGGAGAACGGGUCCUUGGUUUCUGUGAUUACUUCCUGCCCGCUGACCAGUACCAGCCCGGCUAUCCAUUUGACAGUGAGGAGGAGAACUUCCCUCUGACCGGACUCCGAUUUGUUGGUCUAAUGUCCAUGAUAGAUCCCCCUAGGGCUGCUGUACCUGAUGCUGUCGGAAAAUGUAGGAGUGCUGGAAUUAAGGUUAUCAUGGUUACUGGUGACCAUCCAAUCACAGCCAAGGCUAUCGCUAAGGGUGUAGGUAUCAUCUCCGACGGCAGUAAGACUGUUGAGGACAUCGCCGCUGAACGUGGAAUCAAUGUGGAGGAAGUUGACCCCAGAGAUGCCCGCGCGGCUGUAAUCCAUGGAGCUGACCUUAGGGACAUGACCCCCGCCCAGAUUGACGAGAUCCUCCGUGACCAUCCCGAGAUCGUGUUUGCCAGAACCUCACCUCAGCAGAAACUUAUCAUUGUGGAAGGUUGUCAGAGGCAGGGACAGAUUGUAGCCGUCACGGGUGAUGGUGUCAACGAUUCUCCAGCUCUGAAGAAGGCCGACAUUGGUGUUGCUAUGGGUAUCGCCGGAAGUGAUGUGAGUAAACAGGCCGCUGACAUGAUCUUGUUGGACGACAACUUUGCCUCCAUUGUAACAGGAGUAGAAGAAGGCCGUCUGAUCUUUGACAACUUGAAGAAGUCCAUUGCCUACACUCUGACAUCCAACAUCCCCGAAAUCAGCCCCUUCUUGUUCUUUAUCCUCCUGGACAUCCCUCUACCCCUGGGAACCAUCACCAUCUUGUGUAUCGACCUGGGAACUGACAUGGUGCCUGCUAUCUCACUCGCCUAUGAAGGACCCGAGAGUGACAUCAUGAAGAGACAACCUCGUGACCCCGUAAAGGAUAAACUUGUAAACGAAAGGUUGAUCAGUAUGGCCUAUGGACAGAUUGGUAUGAUUCAGGCGUCCGCUGGUUUCUUUGUUUACUUUGUCAUUAUGGGCGAGAACGGAUUCUGGAUAAGUAAACUCCUGGGUAUCCGUGAACAGUGGGACGCCAUGUCCGUCAACGACUUGCAGGAUUCCUACGGACAGGAAUGGACGUACGUUCAGAGGAAGACCCUGGAGUACACUUGUCAUACUUCAUUCUUCGUGUCCAUCGUGGUUGUGCAGUGGGCCGAUCUUAUCAUCUGUAAAACAAGAAGGCUUUCUCUAUUCCAACAAGGAAUGAAGAAUCACCAUCUUACAUUCGGUCUGUUCUUUGAGACAGCACUGGCUGCAUUCCUUACCUACUGCCCAGGUCUGGAUCAAGGUCUGCGUAUGCAAAAUCUUCGGUGGACAUGGUGGUUCCCUGCCAUGCCGUUCAGUUUGGCCAUCUUUAUCUAUGAUGAGAGUAGAAAGACCAUCAUUCGGAGGAGUCCGGGAGGAUUUGUGGAAAGGGAAACAUAUUAUUAACAAAUGGACAAACUUAGAUUUUUUUUAUAUUAAAGAAGAAUUUUCAAUUCAUUUGAAUGUGUUGAUAUGAAAUGUCUGGUCUGGUAUCGGCAACAACUUGUGGAAUGUUUGUAAAUACCAUCGCUUACAACACGAUCAAUGUCGUGAAUUUGUGACGAUAACGAGUUCGUUAAAGAUUUUGUCACAAGAUGAGGAUGGACAGAUGUAACUAUCUUUAUACAUUAUCAUAAUGACAUCACCGGAUGUGAGGGACAAGGUGACACUAAAUUAGGCCAACAGUAUCUCGGAGGAGAACCUACAGAUGUGUAUGUGCCCGUCAUCGUCGUGUUUUUGUAUGGGUGUUUGGUGCCCUUCGUGGACAGUAUGCAGAAUUAUGUGAAGCCAUAUGAUUUUAAGAUUUGUUUUUAUUUUACUCUUGAUUCAUUUUAUCACAUCCCACAUAUUUUUGUAUAUUAUAUAAAAAGAUUAUUUCAAGAACAGGACACAAUAGAUUCAUUUUUUUUUCAUCUAGAAUUAAACCAAAAAUAUUCUGAUUUGCCAUGUUUCCAGAGUUAGUAGUGUAAACUUGCAUUUAUAGAAGCAAAAGGUCUGAGUAUCUGGGAAUAUGUUGCAAUAUUUUGUUAUAAAAUCAAAAUCUACUCGGUCCUGGUACAGACAAUUCGGGGAUGGAAGCGGCAGUUGUACAGAUCUGAUUGUGACAAGUACUAUCCUGUAGUCUUGGGGUACAAACCAAAGAUCUCCUUUUAAUUCCAGGAUUUUAUGAUCAUUUUUAAAUAUUAUUUCUACUUCAUAUUUUAUAAACUGCAGGUUAACAAAGGUUGUAGUACAACUGGUAAAAAGUCUGGUGGAACGAUGAGAUAAAUGGGAACAAUGAAGUAUAUUUACGGGUGUAAACCUGGUUACCGGGUGUAUACCUAGUUACCGGGUGUAUACCUAGUUACCGGGUGUAUACCUGGUUACCGGGUGUAUACCUAGUUACCGGGUGUAUACCUAGUUACCGGGUGUAUACCUGGUUGUUGAUGUAACGGGACAUCUCUCAUAAUGUAUGCUACUAGGCCUUUGAAGAGCUUCUGCUUUUUUUAAUUUCAUUUAGUUGUUUAAAAAUGGUUUCCUUGUGAAUUUAAAGAUGGUUUCCUUGUGAAUUUAAAAAUGGUUUCCUUGUGAAUUUAAAGAUGGUUUCCUUGUGAAUUUAAAAAUGGUUUCCUUGUGAAAAUCUUACCAGUAGAUGUAGAUGAUGAAAAAUAAAAACAGUUUUGGUCUGGUCCCCAUUUCACCCCGGAAUCUUGCUUCAUGUGUUUCAGGCAAACGGGGACCUGGUGUUAGAUAGAUUUAGUUUUUAAUGCAUUUACCGUGAUAUAUUUUUCCAGAUUAAGAUUUAUUUGUCAGAUGUUUUUGGUUGAGAUUUACUGAGACACUCUUUCUCGGGGAUAUUUGCAGUGAAAUGUUGAGGUGGAAUUUUCGCAGGGAAUAUCUAUGAGAUUAGUCUGAUCAUAUGGAUAUUUCCUGAGAAGUGUUGAUACUGUUUGAUGUCAAGUCAAAUGCUCCUACGGAUAUCUGCAAUACUUUAUAUUUAACAAAAAUGUUGUGAAUUGAAUGUAUUUGUUAGCUUUGCUCACACCCUCUGUUCAGUAUGGAGACCUAGACAUACAUGACGUAUACGCAACAGGAACCAGCUACAUUCCAGAUUAGGGCUCCUCAUAAUAAAGGCCCAUAACUCCGUACCAAUAUUUAGGCAUAAUAAUAAUAUAUAUAUAACCAAGCAAUACAACUCUCAUUAAAUCUAAAACUUAAUAGUAAAUCAGGAAGGUAUUGUUUUGUUUCUCUGUUAAUAUGUUGAAUGUUUUUGUAACUUGCCAGUCUGGAGUAUAGGGAUCAGAUUCUGGCUGUUAACUGUUUUACACAUCUUUUGUUUAAACAUCCCUGAGUGUAAAGUGUAGAUUUUUUUUAUUAUUAUAGAGAUGCUCAAACACUAUAGGAGGCUAAUCGUCAUUGGUCUUAAACGAUUUUUAUUAUCUUAGGGAGACACCGAAGUAUAAAACGGGACUUAAAGAUCGGUCUUAAAGGAGCAUUUCUCUCUUUAAUUGCCAAAGGUAACACUACUGUCAGUGUCUUUAGGAGACACGAUCUCUGUUGGUGGAUUCCUCGGCUUCCUACGGCUUUUUUCUGACCAUGUUUCUGUUAAAUCUGCAUGUUGUGAUCGACCUACAGCUUGUCUUACCACAUAUUGUAAUCAGAGCAGGUCAGAGGUCAAAUCCUUCCUUUACCUGUCCUUCGUGUUAUGGUGUUUGACCUUCACACCAAGGUCAGGUGAUGGAUUGAUUGACCUUUGACCUGUACUGUGUGUCGGAUGACCUGGGUGAAUUGUUGUGUUUUAUAGUCAGAAUGGUCGUUAGUGAAGUUGGUACAGGGAUUUUAUCCUUCGGACGUCUUUCAUUUCUUUGUGUAUUGGAUUUCUCACGCCAUAACAAACGUAACUGACACCAGAAAAUUUGAUGAAAUAAACCUUUUAGAUCUAAA